CGGAACUGCGCGUGCGCACAGCCGAGGCGCGCCCCCGGCGGCCGUUGAAAAAUGGCGACGGUCGCCGAGUUGAAGGCCGUUUUAAAGGACACUUUGGAAAAAAGAGGAGUGUUAGGGCAUUUAAAAGCAAGGAUUCGUGCGGAAGUUUUCAGUGCCCUUGAUGAUGAAAGUGAACCUCGGCCAUCGUUGUCUCAUGAAAACUUUCUAAUUAAUGAGCUAAUUCGGGAGUAUUUGGAAUUCAACAAAUACAAGUAUACAGCGUCGGUCCUCAUAGCAGAAGAACACCUGCGGCAGGAGCAGGGGAGGGGCAGCGAUGCUGAAAGCCUGCACACUUCACCCUCGGUACAGAGAUGACACUUGCAACUGGGGCUUCUUUGAUCUUAAACUUGCAUGUAUUAAAUAACUUAUUUAUUCUCCCAAUGGCAUCAGAAUUCAUCACUAGUAUUGUACUCUGUAAAAAUGUGAAGUUUCUGCAAAACCUUUAGCCCCUCAUGUUUUACUGCAUUUGUGAAUAAAAGCUAACUCUGUCGUCUAGUUUACCAGAUUUGACUUGAAAGAAAAUGUGUGGUUUUUAGGACGAUUUUAAAGGUCUCUAAAUCUGUGAGAAACGAAAGGGUUUUUUUGGUACCCUAUAAAUUCUUCUGAAGAAAAAAAUCGAAUCUUUCUGGCCAUAUGCUCUGUUCUGUUUUUGGCUGUGCUUCGCAGCUCGUGGAGUCUUAGUUCCCUGACCAGGGAUUGAACCUGGGCCCUGGCACUGAAAGUGCUCAGUCCUAACUGCUGUACCUCCAGGGAAUUCCCUGUUCUGUUCUUUACCAUGCCACAUUAAUUAAAUUUCUUUCGGGCUGGAAUAAUGUAGAUUUACAGGAAAAUUCAUUCAUUUAAAACACACACACACACACACACACACAUUUAAAAGAACAAUUAAGCCAGAAAAAACUAAUUCCUAUAAAGUUUGAUUGGGGCGGGGGCGGGUGAGAAACCAGCUAUUUUUCAGAUAACUAUUUAUAAUUAGGUUUAAAUAUCUGAAUUGCUAUCUAAAUUUGAACUUUAAAACUUGGUAACAACGUACUUUUUAUUUUCUUAAACAAUUUUGGCUUCUCCUAGAAGAUUUAAUUAAAAGAUGGGGGUGGGGGAUAAUUCUUUUAAUUUUGCUGUAAGUAAAACAAAGAGUUUGUUACUUGAAGAAUGUGGAAUAAGCAUGAAGAGACAGGCUUUAGGAGAAAUACCAGAAAGUACCUUUUAAAAGAUGGCAUUGUUUAACUUCCUUGUGGCCCUCAGUUGUGCAGUUACCAGAUGAGCUAUGAAAGGGACAACCCUCACUUGUAUGGGCUCUGAAAGCCUUCUUAAAUGUCAUGUUUUAUUCCUGGGAUAGAAAAGUAGUAAGAUUUCUUAUAGUGCCAUCUCUAAAACGCUUUGAUAUUUAUUGAUAUUUUUAUAAUGUGGAGUCUUCAGGCUGGCUUCACUGAAGCAACAAAUGAGUAUAGUAGACAGAGCCUGAUUGACACAAGAUACAAGGUAUAUUCAGAUCAAAACUGCAUGGGCACCUAUACACUGACAUUUAGCUUAAACAUUUUCCAUCGGGAAGGUGAUAAGGCAGGACUGUAGCUGGCAAAACUGGCAUUCUUUUCGGGGUGUUGAGUCUGUGCUGCUUUUGGAAACUUUAUUUCUGAAACUUUAUUUCUGGUGCUAGUCAAGUUUUCAGUAUAAGGAGUUCAAUCCUUACAGAUUAACCAAGAAUUUUUAUCUGAAUACUGAAAACUAUGAAAGAAAUCCCCUUAAAUCAUACUUUACAAGUCAGAAGAUUUUUGAGAGGUCCUGUUGGUGGGCUAAAAUUACAUAUACCGAUGUAGAAGUAUUAUAAAGGGCUCAUUUCCAUUUUUUAAAUGAAAUCGAUAGUAUCUGAUUACAGUGAUGAAUUCCACUGUAUUGUAUAGGGGGAUAUAACUAUCUGAAUUCUUCUCAGAGGAUUUGGUUUACACCCAGGAAUGUUGGCAGUGGACACUGUUAACCUCAGGAAUUGCAGGACUAGAUUAAGAAAAAGUGCUGGAGUUUGCCAUUUUGGAUACAAUAUAAAAUUAUCAAAGUAGAAGCUAAACAGAAUUGUCACAUGUAGUCCAUACUGUGUCUGUAUGCAUUAUUCUGUAACUUGUUUGUACCUAGGCAACUUUUAUACUUUCAGUAUACCAUUUAAUAAAAAAAUAAAUAAGCAGCAUG